AUGUAUGCCUCACCUCCAGCUUACUAUUCAUCUUCUAUGCCAACUUCUUACCCGAUGGCAAUUCCCGGUCAGGCCAAUACACCUCAACUAGCCGAUGAAGAUGGGAUUUCUAGUCGGAUGCCAUCAACUUCACCCUCAUGGGCCUCUCCUCAAACUCCCCGACGACGCACCCCGACUUCCAAGGCAAAGCCGAGCCGUUCUCCCCGUGAGAAGCGGACCCGUCCUAAAAGAAGAGACUCCAAGGGAGCUUCCCGAGAGCCGCCUCUCUCAGUGCCACUGAGUGAGUUGACUAAGUAUAUGACAGACCUUCCUAUCAAGGAUAUGGAUGCCUGGGUAAUGCGUUCACUAGCAGAGCGCCAGCGAGAGGUCAAGUUAAAGGGAAAGAUUUCGCGUCCAAUGAAUUCAUUCAUGUUGUAUCGAUCUGCUUACGCAGAGCGUGCCAAGCGACUUCUGCACCAAACCAAUCACCAGGUUGUCUCUCGCGCCACUGGCCAGAGCUGGGCUCUAGAGCCGAAGUGCAUCCGCGAUAAGUAUGAGGAAUUAGCCAGGGUUGAGCGUGACAACCACGCAGCCUCACAUCCUGACUACAAGUUCAAACCACAGAAGGGUCCGGCCACAACGAAACGAGUAGGCGAGUUGAGCCCGCCAGCUUCCAUCAUGCCCGACCCCAGCGUUUCAGACUGGGAAGAUCAAUACCUGCUGGCCAGCAUUCAUCACCGAUCUCGAAGUCUGGAUGCUGACAUGAUGCGGAUGAGCCGACACUCCUCGCCUUUUGCAGGUCAUGAAUCCGUAAUUCUGCAUGACGAAUUCAGCUCCCCCUGGAAUACAAGCUACCCCGAUCCGACGGUUUUUUCUGGAUCAGUGGACGAUAUGGCCCAUGUUGAGGAUCUUCAUUACCGCCGUGAUGGCCCUUUACUUGAGAUGCAGUACGGCGCUUCAAGCAGCCUGGCUGGACUUCCAGGUGCUACCCACGACGACCUAAUUCAGCCGCAAUUACACUACAUGGUACCAGAGCACAUGGAUCAGAAAGUCGACAUGGACCCCCGGCUGCUCGACUAUGAUCCCCAGUCAGAAUACCUUCCCUCAUACGCUCCACCACAGAACACUUACUCAGGCUGGGAAAAUCAUGUCUACCUGCCCACUGCGGGAACGGCUGCUUCGAGCCCAAUUCCGUUCAAACGCCAUGGAGAUGCGUAUGAAAGCCCUUCAUGGAGCGGACCGCACGAUCAGACCAUGGCUGAGACAGGGUGGCUUGAAAAUGACCAGGUCCCAGCUUCAGGCUACUAG